AUGACAAACCAAUCCGACAUACAUAUUUCAGACCGUCACCCCAGCCUGGAUGAAUUGCCCAAACCUCCCUUUUCAAAGCAUUGUAAUUGGUUGGAAAGAAAUCUACUUCUCUUGCUAACUAUUCUUGGAGUCAUUCUGGGGGCAGUGUUUGGUUGUCUUCUACGCAUGGUUCCUGACCUGGGCCCCAACUUCCUCCUCCUCGUCUCCUUCCCUGGUGACAUCCUGAUGCGAAUGCUCAAGAUGCUGAUUCUCCCGCUCGUCAUCUCCAGUUUGAUCUCAGGCCUCGCUGGUCUGGACGCUAAAUCGAGUGGGAGGAUGGGCUCCCGGGCCUUGGUGUAUUACAUGUCCACCACGGUGAUCGCCGCUGCUCUCGGUGUGGUUUUGGUGAUCGCCAUCCAUCCCGGUAACCAAAAGCUGAAGAAGCCGAUGACUGUGAUGUCCAGGAAUCCCGAAGUGUCAAGUUUGGAUGCCUUCCUGGAUCUCAUACGGAAUCUGUUCCCGGAAAACCUUGUUCAAGCAUGUUUCCAACAGGUGCAAACUGUAUCAAAGAAGGUUCUGGUCUCUCUCCCUGAUGACGCCAAGUCUGACAACUCAACCCAUGCAGUCACAGCGAAUGCUUCCUUCCCAAAUGGGACUCUACUCUCCGUCAACACCCGGCCGAACUUUGUGACAAAGAAACAACUGGAGCUGAAAUGGGGCAUGAAUGUUCUAGGCCUGAUUGGUUUCUUCAUUGCGUUUGGGAUAUCCAUGGGGAAGAUGGGUGAAAGGGCACAUAUCAUGGCCGAGUUCUUCAAUGUUCUCAACGAAAUCAUAAUGAAGCUGGUUUCGAUGAUCAUGUGGUACUCUCCCUUGGGAAUCGCCUCCCUGAUCUGCGGGAAGAUUGCGGCCAUCAAGGACCUGGAAGUGGUUGCUCAGCAACUUGGCAUGUACAUGGUGACAGUGAUCGUGGGCCUUGUUAUUCACGGCGCCUUCAUUCUCCCCUGCAUCUACUUCCUCAUCACCAGGAAGAACCCUCUCACCUUCUGCGGUGGGAUAUUUCAGGCUUGGAUCACGGCUCUCGGCACUGCCUCCAGUGCGGGUACGCUGCCUGUGACCUUUCGCUGUCUCGAAGAGAACCUGCAGAUUGACAAGCGGGUGACCCGAUUUGUGCUGCCCAUUGGUGCGACCAUAAAUAUGGAUGGGACAGCGCUGUACGAAGCAGUGGCGGCCAUCUUCAUUGCCCAGAUGAACGGGAUCACACUGGACCCUGGGCAGAUAAUAACAGUCAGCCUGACGGCCACCUUGGCAAGUGUGGGAGCAGCCAGUAUUCCCAGCGCUGGCCUAGUGACCAUGCUGCUCAUCCUGACAGCAGUGGGCCUUCCUACUGAGGACGUCAGCCUGCUCAUUGCCGUUGACUGGCUCCUCGAUCGUAUGAGGACGUCGGUGAAUGUGGUGGGUGACUCAUUCGGAGCUGGGAUAGUUCACGAUCUCUCCAAAUUAGAAUUGGCAGCCAUUGAUGCCCAGCACGCGGAUCAAAACGACUUGGAGAUGGUCAAACUCCGGCCAACGCUUGACAAUGAAAAGAACUACAAGAUGGAGAUUACCCCCCUGCUUCCAUACGCAGGAUACAACUCAAUCCCAACUGACGAUUAUGAAACCACGGACGUCAGGAAUGAUGGAGCUGAGCAGGAUGACAAUGAACCAGGCGAGCUGAAGGAGCCCGAAGAAUUGAAUAACAAAGAAUCAAAAAAACCUACCUAA